GUCCCCGUGGAGAUUCUCCCCGUUCACCUCGAUCCUCAAGAGCCCGCACUGGUCGCCUGGGCUCCCGCCCGGACAUGUUGUGUGUCGCCCGUCUCCUGCUGCUGCUGCUGCUGCUGCUGUUGCUGCUUUCACUGUUCGCGCUGGACGCGGAAGCAGAAACGGAUGAAGUGGUUGGUUUCCUUGGUUCGUCAUUUUUACUGGAUCCUAAAAUCACGGUUGAUCCCAGCAAGUAUGAGAUGUUUUGGACUUUUCAUGGCAGCGACGAAAGCACUGUUAUUUUGGAUCAUGUCCCAGGUCUCUUCACAAUGGAACCAAGUGAACAGUUCAAGAACCGGACACAGUUCAAUGCUACUAAUGGUGUGCUGAUGAUAUAUGGGCUAAAAGCCAGUGAUGAGGGAAAUUUCACCUUAACUGUAGAUGGCAAAGAUUUGAAAACAAUACAACUGCUUGUCAUUGCUAAAAUGAAAGAAGUGAUUGGUAUCCUUGGUUCAUCAGUUUUAUUGGAUCCUAAAAUCAAGGUUGAUCCCAACAAGAAUGAAAUUCUUUGGACAUUUGUUGCCAGUAACAAAAACCGUGACAUUAUUAUGGAUCACAUCCCAAAUAUUGCCACAAUGGAACCAAGUGACCAGUUCAAGAACCGCUUACAGUUUUUUGCUUCUUCUGGUGGACUGAGAAUAAACGGAUUAAAAGCCAGUGACCAAGGAGAUUAUAUAUUUUCUGUGGAUGGACAAGAGUUCAGAGUAAUGCAAUUACUUCUCAAUGAUAAAAUAAAAGAAGUAAUUGGUGUCCUUGGUUCAUCAGUUUUAUUGGAUGCUGAACUCAAAGUUGAUCCCAGUAAGAAUUAUAUCAGUUGGACCUUCUAUGGCGACUAUAUUUUAAGUCACAUCCCGGGUCACAUCACAAUGGAACCAACUGACCAGUUCAAGUCCCGUUUGAAGUUUAAUCCUUCCAUGGGCACUCUGAUGAUAAAUGAAUUACAACAUGGUGACGACGGAAAUUACACAUUUCUUAUAAAUGACGAAGAGAUGAAAAUAUUACGACUGCUUAUCUUUGAAAAACUUUCAGAUGUUUCGAUAUUGACAGACAACAGAUUCUUGGGAUUCCUCGUCAAUCUCAGAUGUGACGUCACUGGAAAUCCUACUGAGUAUCAAUGGUGGAAAGAUGGAGUGGAAAUUUCCCCGCAUCACGAACUUACAGAAGAGAACAGGACACUUGUUAUCAAACAUAGUUUGGUCAGUGACUGUGGAACGUAUACCUGUAUCGCCAAAAAUCCCAUCAGCUCCAUCAAGCAAGAUUACAAUUUAAUUCUUUACGGUAUCUCUGAGAAGGACAGUAUGAUUGUUAUUGUGUCGGUUGCAGGACUGGUGAUUUCUUCCGCUUCUCUUCAUCCAGGUAUGAUGCCGUACCACUGUAGGAGGAAACCACUAGGAUCAUUUCUUGGAAGUACAUUUGUUUUCUGCAAAAUAAUGGUUGAUGUUGCCACCUACAUUGCAUAUUAUUUGUCAAUCCGGCAAGGUGUUUCGCCAUUGACUGCCCUGAUGAUGAAUAUAUGGGCCUCAGGACUGUUUCUUUCUUCAGAAUAUAUUCAAAAAUUUGUGGACCAACUCCCGAGAUCAGGCAAAGGUAUCUAUUGCAGCCUAAUUCUUUACACCUGGAUAUGAAUUCACAGCACCUCUCCAAGUGAAUUAUGAUUUUUUUACAAAAAUGAUGACAAUGAACAGUUUGAAUUAUUAAUCUUUGAUCUGCCCUUCUACACCAACCCCUCACCCCCACCCUCGCUCCCCCCCCCCAGUCCCUACAUAGCCUGCCGGUUGAAAUAGUCCCACAUUGAUUGUGGUGAUGCUU